UGUCAGCCAGUGCUGAAGCAGGAUUUGAUAGUCUUAAUUUCUUUGAAAAAUUUAGAUAUUUCUUUGAGACUUUAUGGACUUUCUGAUUAGACAAUGGUUCUAUUGAAAACAAUAAAUGCACAAAGUGGGAAAUAAAAGCAAGCACAAUAAACUGUGGAGAAACAGAUCGAUACCCAAGAUGAGAUCCAGCUCCCUUACUUCACAUCAACUGCAACUUAUUGUGCUGAGAGUCAUGCUGGUUUACCAGUUCUGUAAUGCAGUGAUGUCACAGUGCAGGAUUCUCAGAUGCAAUUCUCAGUUUGUUUCUGCGACAUCCCAUCUUGAAGAUUCUUUGAAUGAAGACUUCUGUAUUGCCUUACGAUCUUACUCACGCUGUACCCAACGAACUUCUUGGUUCUGCCGAGGAGACCUGGCUUACCAUUCUGCUGUGCAAGGAAUUGAGGAUUUAAUGAUCCAGCAUAACUGUUCCAAGGAUGGAGAAGUCUCAUUACCACGACGCCGUGUGCCAGCAGAUAAUCAAGAGAAUCUACACCUGCCAGACACUUGCAAAUAUGAGAAGAGUUUCUACUACAAGCAGCGCCAGAAACCAACCUACUUGUACUGUGGCAUCUUUGGGAACCUCCACAUCCGCACAUUUUACAAUGACUUUCAGACAUGCCGAGUUCAGGGGGCGUGGCCAGUGAUCGAUAACAAUUACUUAUCCCUGCAAUUGACUAAUGCACCAAUCUCAUCACAUCAUAACAUAUCAGCAAUCAGCAAGGUUACAGCUAUUUUUAAGAACUCCAAGGAAUGCAUUGACCAGAAAGUGUAUCAAGCUGAAAUUGGCAAUGUUCCUGCUGCAUUUGUUGAUGGCUCUGUAAAUGGUGGUGAUAGAAAUGGGGCAAACAGUCUGGUUAUUAAGAAAAAGUUGAAUGCCAGCCACGUGGAGAUCCAAGCGAGUUACAUUGGCACAACUCUGAUAGUGCGGCAGGUGGGUCAACACCUGAGCUUUGCCAUCCUCAUGCCAGAGGAAGUGGCAAGUUCACAUACAGAGGAGCAGGACCUACAACUCUGCUUAUCAGGCUGCCCUUUAGUAGAAAGGCUUCCCUGGAACUCCCACCUCCACAAUGCACAAAGGGCCAAAGCCAAAUGCAAAGAGGGUCUUCUGGUAGAAGAUGCCUAUUUUGAGUGUUGUGUCUUUGAUAUCUUAGUGACUGGUAAUCCUAAUAUUUCACUAGCAGCAUUCAGGGCUGUGGAAGAUGCAAAAACAUUACACCCGGAUAAGGAGUUGCUGCAUGUGUUCAAGAACUGCAUGCCUGGUAGGCCAACCCCUUGCUGCCUUCCACUGUUGGUUUCCGUGCUGUGGAUGCUCUUCUGCAACAAGAAGAUUUUCUUCCAAAUCCUGGGUCUCUAAAAACUAAGUCAGUGCAUGAUGUUGCACCAGGAAUGUAUUGUAUUUACCCGAAAUGAAAACCCACCUGAGAUGUGGACCCAGCCUUGCAGCCUUUUACUUUAUGGUUUUGAAAUGAAUGUAAUGCUGCCACUUCAGUCAUUCAGCCUCUGAGUAUCUGAUGUUUAACCCAUAAACACUUGACUGUAGCUCCAGUUUUAGAUUUACAUUACCAUCAAUGUGGCAAUGCACAUAAUUAUUUGAGUUUACAUUUACAUGCAAACUCAGAUAAUUAUGAGCAUUGCGAUGUUGUUGUAGUCAGGUUGCCUUCUAUAUCCACUUUUCACAGUCUUGUCAGAUAUCUACUCUGCAGUCCCGUCCAGUAUCCACCCAUACACAAUCCAGUCAAACGUUCACUAAUGCCUAUUUUCAUCUCAAAGAUACAGUCCUGUACAGUUUUAUCUUGUACACCGUCAUGUCAGACAACCAUCCCUACAUAAUUCUGUAGGAUAUCCACUGUACUGAUCAAAUGUUCACCACUGCAUGGUUUUGACUCAAAGUUGCCUGUCCAGUACACAGCCCUGUAUUGUCAAAUAUCAAUUUAUAAAUACACCUGUAAAUCAGGUAUUCACUUGUAAGCAAUCUGUACAGUCAGGUAUGUAUCCAUUUGUGAUUCAGUCCUGAAAUUAGUCUCCCACAGAUAAACAAUCCUGUAAAACCAGCCUUGCCCUGAAGCAGGGCAUUUUUUAAAAAGAAGUGUGGAAUGACGAAAUCAGCAGCAUUAAAAUAGAUGAAGACUCUUCAAUGAUGGGAUGGAAGGAGAGGGCUGACGUCAGAGGAAUAACGCACUCAGAAUAGGGGAUAAGAAGGUCACAGAGUUAAGAGGGGAGCAACCAAAAUAUUACAAAUGGUGGAAACCCAAAAUAAAGUCAAAAAUGCUAGAAAUGCUCAUCAGGUCAGGUAGCAUCUGUGGAGGGAGAAAAAUGAACAAUUGUGUUGAGCAGGUUGUGUGUGGAAGUCUUAGGCUUAAUACUGCGACAGAUCCAUUCAAAAUCAAUUACAUUAACCAGCGAGAUUCAUCCUAAUAAAAUUUCUGCAAUUUCAUGAAUGGGUGAGGAUCCAAGCUAUGUUAAGACAUACAGACGUAUUGAUUCUGUUAUGUAUGCAGCCAUAAGACAUUUUUAAAAAUUUGUUGGCAAUCCUUCAAAUUCAGGGAUUUUUUUUGUUACUUGUUACUUAUGGAGUUGAGCUUGUCUGAAUUUGACUGAGAGGAUGAUUUCACAUGCACAUAAUCAGAACUGCUGUUUCAAUUGGAUGGCAACGGGAAAGUUUAAAGCAAUAAACAGCAUGAAGGUACCUUGACUCAGCCAACUGCAGCUGAUAGAUUUCAGUCAGGCAAAAUGAACCUUUGUGUAAAAGCCCCAGUAAAGGAUGGUGUACCAAGAAUGUCAUUAAGGCGACCUCGACCGAGAUGUACAAAACCCUAGUCUUCACUAAUUCAUGAGUGCUGGAUGACUUCUUGACAUACUGGAAAUCAACUGUGAUUAAAUUGUUUCACAAAUCAGGCAAGACUCUGAGGACUCCGUUAGUCUAUUCAACAGCAAAGUUCACCAAAUUAACAUAUUAGCAGAAGGGGAAACUGAUCAUUCACCUGAUUACUGGCUGUGGAACAUAGUUGUGAAUAAAAUAUGUUGUGCUUCCCAUUUUAACACAAGUGCCCUUCUACACAAAUUGUUUGGAAUGAUACUGGAGGUGAAUUCCAUGGCAUAUGUGCUUUAGUGCUAUGUCGAAAUUUUGUGUUUUUUUAAAAAAAUACAAUUGUUACUUUUAACAAGACCUUCGAAACCAUGAACAGGCAGUUCAUAGAAUGUUCACUUUUGUGUUUGUUCAUCCAUUAAUUUCACUUCAGCAAUUUAACAUUCAGCAUUUAACAUUCUAAUACAUGUCCCAACAAUCUGAAUAAUCUGCAAUACCAGUGGCUGCUCUUUGUUGACAAAUCCAGAAUGCACAGAGAAUUUUCGAAACAGGAAUGCACAGAGAAAAAAAAUUGAAAAGAUUACACCCAUUUAAAAUCAAAGGAUAUUCUCUGUCAUUUAUUCAUAAUCAAAAAAAUUGCUGCAACUUCUGUAGCUCUGCAGAUAGUUCAGAAUGAAUGUAUUCUCCAUCAAUAUGGUAUUCUCUGCAAAAGAAUGUAAUAACUCUCUACAACACCACAUGCUUUUAUAGUUUUUGUAGCUUUACAUUCUUCCCUCAGUUAAUAAUGUUAAAUAAUAGAAAUGUUUGCAAGCUGUUUAAAAGAGUAACAACAAAAAAGCUUUCAAUGACUGUGACCAUCUUCUUAAGAAGAUUAGUCUAAUGGAACGGCUGUUGAAUGGUUUCUAUAGGCUCCCAUAGCCCUGACCUAGCCACUAACACAAAUAUCCUAGAAUUCAAAGCUGGAACUUUCAUCUCCACUUGGUAGAACUGCUCAAAGCAGUGUUCACUGGCUCUCCACUUGGUUUUCAAGCACGUAGACAACGGCUUCCCAGGCUGCUGUUUAUCGAUUACAGCUCAGCGUUCAACACCAUCAUCCCCUCAGUACUAAUCAACAAGCUUCAAAACAUGGGCCUCUGUACCUCCCUCUGCAACUGGAUCCUCAACUUCCUUAUCAGGAGACCACAGUCAGUACGGAUCAGUAGCAACAUCUCCUCCUCGCUGACAAUCAACACAGGCGCACCUCAAGGAUGCGUGCUUAGCCCACUACUCUAGUAUCUCUACACUCAUGACUGUGUGGCUAGGUACAGUUCAAAUGCCAUCUAUAAAUUCACCAAUGACACCACUAUUGUUGGCAGAAUCUCAGAUGGUGAUGAAGAGGUGUACAGGAGUGAGCUAGAUCGGCUGGUUGAGUGGUGUCACAAAAACAACCUUGUACUCAAACGUCAGCAAAACCAAGGAAUUGAUUGUGGACUUCAGGAAGGGGAAGUCAGGAGAACACACACCAGUCCUCAUUGAGGGGUCAGCAGUGGAAAGGGUGAGCAGCUUCAAGUUCCUGGCCAACAACAUCUCAGAGGAUCUAUCCUGGGCCAACAUAUUGAUACAAUCACGAAGAAGGCAUACCAGCGGCUCAACUUCAUUAGGAGUUUGAGGAGAUUUGGUAUGUCACCAAAGGCUCUUGCAAAUUUCUAUCGACUUACGGUGGAGAGCAUUCUGACUGGUUGCAUCACUGCCUGGUAUAGAGGCUCCAAUGUGUAGGAUUGAAAGAGGCUGCAGAGGGUUGUAGACUCAGCCAGCUCCAUCACGGACACAACCCUCCCUGCCAUCAAGGACAUCUUCAGGAGCCAGUGCCUCAAGAAGGCAGCAUCCAUCAUUAAAGGACCCUCACCAUAUGGGAUAUCCCCUCUUCACGUUACUACCAUCAGGGAGGAGGUACAGGAGCCUGAAGACCCACACUCAACGUUUCAGAAGCAGCUUCUUCCCUCUGCCAUCAGAUUUCUGAAUGGUCCAUGGACACUACCUCAUUAAUCCUCUUUUGCACUUUUUUUUUUUAACUUAUUGUAAUUUUUAUGUCUUGCACUGUACUGCUGCCACAAAUCAACAAAUUUCAUGACAUAUGUCAGUGGUAAUAAACCUGAUUUUGAUUCAGCUCUGCACCUUCUAACUCAGUGGUGAAAUUGUGACAACAAAAUCGAAGUCUUUGACAUGAUGGUUGAAAAUGUAAUUGAAAGCUUCACCAACUGUGGGCUAUUCCUACUGACGUAAUUCUCUUCAUAUAUCUAGUCAGAAAUCUUGGCCAAAAUUUUUUGGAUAAUUGAUGGUGAAGUUAUUCCAUACACUAUCAAUUGAAAAUUAAGUAGAAUUAAAAAGAAUUGAGUAACAUGGGCAAAUGAUGCACUGCAAGUUAUAAAUUACCAUGAAUUGCUUGGUCUCUGUAUCAUUGUAUCAGUAGUCUUGUUAAUUGACUGAUGCAGGGUUUUAACCCAAAACAUCAACAAGUACUUUCCCACACCCCAGAUGCUGCUCAACCUGCUGAGUUCCUCCAGCAGAUUGUCUAUAGGUCAGACUGUAUGUUUAUCUUUAGUUGACGGUCCCAGAGA